CCCAGCAUGCCUCGCGCGCCGCCGGCAGCUCUCGCGGGGCCCGCGCGCCGAUAAGGGAGCUCCCUCAGGGCUCGCCUCUGCAGCUGCCCGCCGGUGGCAGCUUAGCCAUGGCGCCGCUCGGGCCGCUGGCCCCUGGCCUACUGCCGCCCACCGAGCCUCGCUAGUCUCAGCCCGGCUGCCGCCGCCAUGAGCUCGCGGCAACCGGAUGCUCCUGCGCUGGAGCAGGGCGGUGGGGCCCGCCCGGGCAAGAUGUCGCUGCCCGUCGGCGUGCCGCGUCGGGCCUUCAGCUACGACGAUGCCCUAGAGGACCCGGCGCCCAUGACGCCGCCGCCUGCAGAUCUGUGCGCCAACGUCCUGUGGAAGCAGCCGGUCAUCCCUGAGCGCAAGUACCAGGAGCUCUCGAAGAUUGAGGAAGGGGAUGCUAACGUGAAUGCACCUGCCAUACCUCCUUCAUCAUCCACUGAGAGUGUGAACAAGGUACCUGUGGUGAAGGCCAAGGCCACUCAUAUCAUCAUGAACUCUCUCAUUACAAAGCAGACUCAGGAGAGCAUUCAACGCUUUGAGCAGCAGGCAGGCCUGAGAGAUGCUGGCUACACUCCCCACAAAGGCCUCACUACCGAGGAGACCAACUAUCACCGUGUGGCCGAGGCAGUCCAUAAGCUAAAAAUGCAGAGUGGAGAGAUGACAAAAGAUGACAGACAGACUUCGUCUGCUCAGUCCACCCCAAGCAGCACACCCCACUCUUCUCCCAAGCAUAAAAACAGGGGCUGGUUUCGACAGGGAUCUUCUUCUAUCACUGGCCCAGACUUUGCCAUGGAAAAGGUGGGGGACAACUUGCCAUCUGAAAGAUGGAGCUUUUUUGGACCCAAAGCAAUCCAGAAAUCCACCACUGAUCCAGGAGGAUUUACCAUCCAAUCCUAUAAGGGUGCCCAGAAGCCUUCCCCAAUGGAGCUGAUGCGUGCUCAGGCUACUAGGAUGUCAGAAGAUCCAGCCCCCUUCAAGCCCCCCAAAAUGGACAUUCCGGUCACGGAAGGGAGGAAGCAAUCUCCACGUUCCCAUAAUAUCAAACCCCGGGAUCUGAACGUGCUCACUCCCACUGGGUUCUAGGAAGAACUUCUUUAGUGAGCUACAGGGUGUCUUAGUUGCUGCUUCCCUGUCCUGUUGUGCUGCAGUAAACUAGGAAAGUCUCCUUUCCAGCUCUUCAUCUCAGAAAAGGAAACAGUUGUGACUGUCCUCCUAGAGCCAGUUUGGGGAAAACUCCUGUGCUAGUCCCAAAGCAGUGCAAACCAUCUUGUCUGCUGUCUUGCCCCAGUUCAGUCUGCUGGGCUGCACUAGGUGUGUUGCCUAGCACGCUGCACCACAGUAAAACUCUUGAACCAUAUUUUGUGGGGUAGGACUGCGUGUGGUGUGCAAGCAGACUGGCUUGUCUACCUGUAGUCUGAUUGUCUUGUCCUGCUCAGUGCUGAAGCAAUCUCAGGAGGAUUGUGGUUCUGUCUGGCAUAUACAGAACACCAGCAGAAAGUUACAAAAAACAAGCAAGGACUGAAAACUGCAGCAGUGACUGCCAGAAGGAAGUUGCUCUGGGAGUGUGGUGAGUCAGCUUUAAAUGUGGCACUGUCUGUUGGUGCCCUUACAGUUCAACACCUGGUACUACCUUGUCCUUGAAGCUUUUUUAAAAGGAAUAGUGAUGAUUCUAAGAUGCUCUUGCUAGAAUGGCAGGGAACAGAAUCUAAUGACAUCUGGCAGUAGUGAGGAAGAAUUGCUUCUCUUACAACUCUGUUCCUCCAAAAAGGUGGGAAUGACCAGAGCUGAUGUGGCUUGAACUAAGUAAUCCUCCUUUCUUUUCUGCAAAACAACACUGUCCUGCCUUCUGUAAGACAGGCCUUCAGGAGCUGUGGCACUCUGGUGCUGCUUAAUUUCCUUAAUUAUUUUGUUUUCCCCUGCUGGCACCUUGUAUGAAUCAUGUAGAAGUGUAUUUGACACCAGGGGCACUUCUCAAGUGGGUCUUCUUUUAAAAUUUGCAUUAAAUACAUUUUUCAGGGCUAAGGGAGGACUGAGAUCAAGGCUGGAUGUGCCUCCCUGCUAUGAAACAGACAUGUCAUUUUUAGCCUAGUCAGAACCAGUUUCUGGGAAGAACUAUCACUUGCUUUCAUGAGAAGUGGGAAAAGUACAAGAAACUCUGGGCUACAACAUAAUCCCUCAAGCAUUGUAGGCAGUGUUGCUCUGUAACCUUCACCUGUCCUGUGGUGAAUGAGUCUCCUGAUCUCACAACUGUUGCAGAGCUCCAUCAGCAGGCUUUUUGUAGUGAUGUGGUGGCACAGCAGCCUUGCCUCUGGUACUGGAAGCUUCUCUGUAGCCAGGACAUUGUGCAGAGGUUACUUAACAGGUGGUAACCAUUGAGCUCUGGAGUUUCUGCUGCCUUAAACCAAACAUUCCUCCCAGAGGGUGAGGCAGGGUUGGCUCAUCUCACAAGCUGCUGACCCCUCUGAAGAAGCAUGUUUUGUGGCUUUGCAUCUCUCAAGCUUCAACAGCACUGCCAGUGAUGUGUUGUAUUGAAAGUCUCUCACCUAACCAAGCAGUUUCCACUGUCACCACUCAUUUGUACCUUGGCAAUCAGUCUCUUGUUUGACAUUAAUUUAUUUGUCUGUAUUCAUGUUGAACAUGUGUGAUUUUUGUUUGGUUUGUUUCCUACAAGAAAAUAAAACCCUUGUGAAUGGAGGUUCUUUGUGUGUGUCAGCACUAGUGAAGCAUCUGUGGGAGUAAUGGAGUUGAGGUUCUGCCUGGUGAGGCUUUGGCAGCACUUGCAUCAGGGUAAAAUAUUAGCUCUAACACUCCCGCUUGACUGGGUAGGUUUAAAGCCAGACUCAGCCAUGCCUUGGACUUGUGUAGGUGAAGCUAAAUGUGAAAUCUGUGUUUUCUUGAUCUAAUCAAAGGGAGAUUCUUCAUGUUCCCAAGCCU